CCAACCUUUCCUUACACCACACUCCUUUCACAGCAUGAGUUCCAAUCUCAACUCAUCAUUCACUUCAUCUAGCUUAAAUACCCAAACAAACAUAUAUGACUUUUUGUCAGAACUAGUAUACAAGCGAAUUGCCACCAUCAAUUACCUUCGACGAACGCAUGAAGGUACUACUCACUGGUUCAAUACUGUCCUGCUGUCUCGGGAAGACCUUGCAUCCAUGUACCAAAAUAGCAAAAUGACUCCAAGAACGUUGAAGUUUUUCACGCUGGGCGUGUCACUGGGUCCGAUAUUGGAUGUUACUAAUCAAGUCGACUAUGUCAAAGCUCUCCACCUCCUGCUCCAUGAGUUUGAAUGUCAUAACAAUGAAACUCAAAAGCCAAAGAUGAAAAAUAUCUUUCGAAAAACGAAAAGUAAAGAUGAUCACAGCUACAUUGAUGAUGGUGAAUACACACAUUUAAUUACUCCUAAUGUUCCCUUUGAGCUCGACUACAUACAAACUUUCUUCACAUUAUUUGAUCUACUGGCCGAGGCUUAUCACAAAUUGUUGGUUGGAACAGAAUCUCUUUGCACACAAUCGUUCUGCGAGCAAGUGCUUAAGUGCGAUUCCAAAUUAAAGAAAAUCGUAUCAAUGAUAACAAAGGAGCUGGAUGCACUUGCUCGUAAUGCCAUUAAAGAUGAGCUCAAACUUAUAGACCCAUUGAGCUCUUCAAGCAAGAUGUCCCCCAUUGAUAUCGAUUGGGAUAGCUCCAAUAGGAUCUCACCUGUCGACAUCUAGAUGUUAACCCUACAUUCCCACUACAUGCAACAUUAUUGCUUUCUCAGCGUUACCCUAGCUAGCAGCUCAAUGCUCUAUUUUUCAUCGCUGCUUCCCAUCUACUUUUUUUUUGUUUGUCAUCGUAUUUUUUUCAUGCAUCAAAAAGCAUUACAAAUUAUCAAUACAUUGUUGGCAGGGCCACAUUCUGUAUGUUACAAGAAAGAAAAAAGAAAUU